AUGGAGAUGCCUAUGGCUUCCGCUGAGCAUGCACUGCAGCAGGGCAAUGGCUAUGGGAGUAGCGGACCAACAGGAACACCACCUGCGAAUGCUCUCCCAAACAAUCAGACUCCCGGACACCCAAGCUUUCGAAGACAGCGCGCAUCGCGAGCUUGCGAGGUGCGGUGCGAUGCUGCCAGCUUGGGCGUGCCAUGCACCAACUGCGUGGCCUUCUCGAUAGAAUGCAAGAUUCCGACUCCGAAGCGGAAGAAGACAUCGGCGGUGGCGGCAGGAAAGGCCAAAGAUUCUGAUAGUGACCGAGGCGAUCCUGUAGAAAACAACUCCCCACGCACCGACUCGCCCUCUUUCAAUGAGGCAAGCAGCAGCCGUAGCCAAACGGUCUAUAAUUCGCACGAUGGUACUCCGUCCUCCUCGCUCACCGAGUCUCAGAUACGACAGAAUGCAGAGACCGAGAAGACCUAUACCCAGUUCAUGAAGCCGAAAUUCACAAGGGCUCCAAUAAAGGAAGCAGGCAGAGUAGCAUAUCUGGGAGAGUCGUCGAAUUUGACACUGCUUGUCCAUGACCGGCACGGGUCUGCUGAUGUGGUACAUUACCCUCUGCCAGAGAACGUGAGAGGAACUCGAGCAAGAUUAACGGAAUUGGACAAUGUCGAAAUCGAUAUCCUCCAUCAACGUGGAGCAUUCUUGCUUCCACCACGAGCGCUUUGCGAUGAGCUAGUCGAUGCAUAUUUCAAAUGGGUAGCGCCCAUAGUUCCUGUCAUCAAUCGAAACAGAUUCAUGAGACAAUAUCGCGACUCGAAGAACCCUCCUUCUUUACUUCUUCUCCAAGCUAUAUUGUUGGCAGGGUCCAGAGUGUGCACAAACCCGCAGCUAAUGGAUGCCAACGGAUCGACGACACCUGCUGCUUUGACUUUUUACAAGCGUGCCAAAGCUCUCUAUGAUGCUAAUUAUGAAGAUGACCGGGUUACGAUCGUCCAGGCUCUGGUUUUAAUGGGCUGGUAUUGGGAAGGCCCAGAAGAUGUUACGAAAAACGUUUUCUACUGGAGUAGAGUUGCUACAAUUGUCGCCCAAGGCUCUGGCAUGCAUCGGAGCGUCGAAGGAUCCCAACUGGGAAAAGCCGACAAACGUCUCUGGAAACGUAUAUGGUGGACCCUUUUCACGCGUGACCGAUCAGUUGCAGUUGCGCUAGGUCGACCAGUUCACAUAAACACUGACGAUUCCGACGUUGAGAUGGUGUCUGAAGAAGAUUUCAUCGAGGAAGAGGAUGGACAGCCCAAUGAUUUCCCACCAGAUCCCCUGCAUGUUCAAUUCUUUCUGCAAUAUGUAAAGUUGUGUGAGAUCAUGGGAUUGGUCUUAUCACAGCAAUACUCCGUUGCUUCCAAAGCGCGCCGUCAAAAUGCAAUCGACCUCACCCACAGUGACAUGGCGCUAGCAGACUGGCUCCAAAAUUGUCCAAAGGAAGUUUACUGGGAAUCGCCGAGGCAUCACUUCUGGUCAGCUCUUCUUCACUCAAAUUACUAUACAACUCUUUGUUUGCUACAUCGUGCGCAUAUGCCUCCAGCUUCUGGUCGAUCGGCGGGUCAAAAUGACGAUACCGCUUAUCCGUCUCGAAACAUUGCAUUUCAAGCUGCUUCGAUGAUCACCUCAAUUGUCGAAAACCUCAGUGCACACGAUGAACUGCGGUACUGCCCAGCUUUCAUUGUGUACAGCUUGUUCUCUGCCCUCAUCAUGCAUGUCUAUCAAAUGCGUUCCUCGAUUCCUUCAGUUGUCCAAGCUACACAAGAGCGUCUGAGGAUCUGUAUGAACGCGUUGAAAGACGUCUCGAAAGUAUGGUUGGUGGCCAAGAUGGUGUACACACUGUUUGAGUCUAUUCUCGGAAACAAAGUGCUCGAGGAAAGAUUACAAAAGGCCGCUGGUAAACGACAUAAGAAGAUGGCACAGACUUUAUCACAGGGCAUUCAACAAGCACAGAUGAAAAGAGAAGAGCCUCAGAAACGGAAAUACGACGAUAUGGCCCUUGACUUUGGAGUCACACCAGCACCCCAGGAAUCCUACGAGCGAUCUCGACCACAGACUCCAAGUCAAACGCCAUCUCGUGAACUGGGUCAGAAUGCAGGUCCCAUGGCACCGCCUAUAUCAUCACCAAACGCUAGAGCAAACAACGACACUUUUAUGGGAGGAAGCAACUCCCGUCCUCAUACGCGACCUCCAACUCCCUUCAACCCGUCAUACUCAGUUCCCGCAACUCCUCCGGACCUCUAUCUCGUCACCAGGAAUUCUCCAAAUCUUUCGCAGUCAGUUUGGGAAAACUUUCAGCCGGAUCAGCUGUUUCCGGAGGGCUCUGCCAACAUGAAUGCUAAUCAGUUCUCACCGCAACAGCCGCAGCACAAUCUAGAUCCAAACUUGAUGGGGACUAACCUGAGCAUGACCCCUCAAAUGCAAAGUCAACCAAGUCCUCAAAUGUCAAGAAUGCGGGGUACUCAGCAACCUAACAUGAGCGGUAGUCCACCUCAAAACGCUUAUCUUCAACCCGGCAACACUGGCUACCCUCAACAAAUGCCACCUAAUAUGUGGCAGGGAGGCAUGGAUCAAGCAAUUCAAGAUGCGCAUAGUCCUAGUGACACGUUGAGUAACGCUUCGGCUCAAGCUGUACCUAUGACUAUGAAUGUAGAAGACUGGUUUCAGUUCUUCGGUAUCAAUGGUGAUCUCAGUGGUCAGCCCACGGAUGUACUAAACUCUUCUCAAGAACCGGAGACUAAAGUGGUAAUCAAUCGUUUUGAAAACUUGGGCCGCGACUCCUCUUGCGUUUUGAACAGAUCUCUCCGGGCACUUGGGAUACGGGAGGCACUAUUGGGAGGUCGGGGGUACAACAAAGGCACUUAUGCAAUCAGCCACGACUAUCUAGGUGAAUACCGAGGUAGUUAUACAACUAGAGUAGCCACAUACGAAAUGAUUUGGUUCAUUGGAAUGUCAAAAUAUCAUGCGAAUUUGGUCGUUAAUACUCUCAAUUACAGAAAUGCAUAUCAAUGUCUCUACCGUUCACUCACUCUCUGUACCCCACAUCUGAAGUGA